AUCCUCCGUUCCUGCGUUUCGGUCCAUCGUUCCUCUCCUGCUGCUGCUGUGCCUCCAUCCUCCAGCUGUUUAUUCGGACCUGGACGUGAGGAUUUGGAACCCAGAGCCAGGAUGAUCCUCGGCAGCCUGAGGAUGUUGAGUGUGACGCUGUUUUGCGCCGCUGCUGUGCUGCUGUGUGCGGACUGUAGGAGGGGGAAACAGGGUCGCUGUCCCCCCGGAUGCACAUGUACCAAAGACAAUGCUCUGUGUGAGAACAUCAGGAGUGUUCCUCACAGCUUCCCAUCAGACGUCGUUUCACUCUCAUUUGUGAAGUCUGGAUUCACUGAAAUAUCAGCCGGAAGUUUCAUACACACGCCGUCUCUGCAGCUUCUCUUGUUCACAGCCAACACGUUGGAGUCUGUGGAUGAAGAUGCGUUCCAGGGUCUUCCUCACCUGGAGUACCUGUUUAUCGAAAACAACAGGAUCGAGUCCAUGUCCCCGUCUGCCUUCAGAGGACUGAAAUCUCUCCUGCACCUGAGCCUCGCUUAUAACAACCUGGAGACGUUACCCAAAGAUCUAUUCAAGGGGUUGGACGCCUUAUCAAAAAUGGAUCUGCGAGGAAACGCGCUGGUCUGUGACUGUAAGCUGAAAUGGCUGGUUGAAUGGAUGCACAGCACCAACGCCACCGUGGAUCAGAUUCACUGCAGCGGGCCCCCAAUUCACCAAGGGAGGAAGAUUAACGACCUGGUGCCUCAGUCCUUCGACUGUAUAACUGCAGAGUUGGUUUCCAGAAGGACCCUGAAGUUCGAGUCUAUUUCGGUGGAGUCCUUCACCGUGGGCGUGGAUCAGUACGCCGUGUUUGCACAACCUUUCACCGGGACGUGCAGCUUCAUGGAGUGGGACCACGUCAACAUGGAGUUCAGACCUUACGACACUAUCGAGAGCACGUCCACUGUGGUCUGCAAACCCAUGAUAAUCGAAAAGCAGAUCUUCAUCAUCGUGGCGCAGCUUUUCGGGGGCUCUCACAUCUACAAGCGGGACACGUCGGCCCAGAAGUUCAUCAAGAUCCAGGACAUCGACAUCCUGAGGAUCCGCAAGCCCAACGACGUGGAGACCUUCCGCAUCGACGGCGAGCGCUACUUCGCCAUUGCCGACAGCUCGAAGGCGGGCUCCACCACCGUGUACAGGUGGAACGGCAACGGCUUCUACUCGCACCAGUCGCUGCACCCGUGGCACCGCGACACGGACGUGGAGUACCUGGAGAUCGGCGGCAAGCCCCACCUGAUCCUGUCCAGCAGCUCGCAGAGGCCGGUCGUCUACCAGUGGAGCCGAAACCAGAGACGCUUCGAGCGCCGCACCGACAUCCCCGAGACGGAGGACGUCUACGCCGUCAAGCACUUCCGGGUCAAAGGCGAGCUGUUCGUCUGCCUGACGCGCUUCAUCGGCGACUCCAAGGUGAUGCGCUGGGACGGAGCCAUGUUCACCGAGGUGCAGAGCAUGGCGUCGCGCGGAUCCAUGAUCUUCCAGCCCAUCGACCUCGGAGGCUGGCAGUACGCCAUCCUGGGCAGCGACUACUCGCUCACGCAGGUCUACCGCUGGGAUUCCAGGAGCGGGCGCUUCGUGCACUUCCAAGAGCUGAACGUCCAGGCGCCGAGGGCCUUCGCCUUGGUCUCCGUCGACAACCGGGAGCUCCUGCUGGCCUCCAGCUUUAAGGGAAGGACGCAGAUCUACGAGCACCUGAUCAUCGACAUGAGCUCCUGAAGCAGCCCGCCGCGGCGUGAGUCGAAAGUAACCGGACGCUGCGAUAGAUAGAGAUGAGUCGGCAGUCGGAACACACAAGCCUUAUCCAGUUCGCUGAUGAUGAUUCCAGAUGAGCGCAGCUGUAGAAACGUCCUUUGUGUCCUUUUGUCCGUUGUCCCCACCUAUUGUGCACUUUUUAACCCCCCCGCUAAACAAAAGCCAUCGAUCAUGUGUUUUCUUACUGCGUACAGACAGUAGUGGAACGUUCACCACAGUAAAGAAGCAAAACUGCAGGUCAAACAGGUCGCCAAGAAGAAUGUGCAGAUUUUUUACUUUUAAACAGUUAACUUUUAUACAAGAGGUUGUUAGUCUAAAGAUUUUCAUCAAUGUUGUGAAUAGAUUUUAUAUUUUAUGUUGUAAUUUAAUCGAAUAUUUUAGGAUUAAUAAUAAUGUAAUAGACUUGGAUCUAAUUUUGAUCUAUUAGUCGUUUGUAGUCGCGUCAUUUCGGUGUUUAGAACCAAUAAACGUCCCAA